AUGAAGAAAGAUAGAGAGCCAAUAGACGAAGAUGAAAUGAGAAUUACAUCAACAGGUCGAAUGACCAAUUAUGUUAACUAUGGUGCAAAAAUAUUAGGAGAGGAAGAUAAGAAGAGUUUAAAAAUUAAAGCCACGGGAAAUGCAAUUGGUAAAGCCGUAACUUUAGCAGAAAUUAUAAAAAGAAGAUUUAAAGGAUUACAUCAAAUAACUAAAUGUGGUAGCACAGUUAUUGCUGAUCAAUACGUAAGUGGCCAAGAUAAUAGCGAACAUGUUAUUCAAGAAAAAACAGUAUCUUUUAUUGACAUAUUAUUAUCAAGAGAUCAAUUAGAUGUAAAAGAUGCAGGAUACCAACCACCUUUAGAUGAAAAAUACGUUAAAGAAAUGUCCCCUGAAGAAAUUGUAAACAGCAGGCCAUUUAGAGGAAGAAGUUUUAGGCCCAGAUUUUUCCGUGGGUUCAGAGGCGGUGGCCGUGGUGGCUUUAUGAGAAGAGGUGGAUACAAAUUCUUUGGUGAUAGAAUGUAUGACAGUAGAAAUGGAUUUAGAGAUGGUAGAGGAUAUGGUGGAAGUUUCGGACGUGGUGGUGGAUUCAGAUCAGGUGGUGGUAUGGGAGGAAAUGGAAGAGGUGGCUUUAGAGGAUUCAGAGAUGGAAGAGACGGAGAUUACAGAAGUGGCCGUGGAUUCAGAGGAGGUAGAAACGGAUUCAGAGGUGGCAGAGCCUUAUCAUAA